CAUAAUAUGAUGAAUUAUGAACUCAUGCAGUGUAUUUAUAUGAUGGAAGAUUCAGAGCAGUGAGCAUCUAAUUAAACUGGAAUUUGCUAAUGUAAGAUAAAGUGACGGCCAUCCCUUUGGGAGGCCUCAAAGGGAUUUGCCCAAAUUCGUGAAGGAUCAGGCUAUAAAUCCCUGUGAGGGCUGGAGUUUUUACCCCCUUAUAAGGAAGGAAAGCACGGCAGCCCCUGGAUCCUAUGUAUGCUUACGCAAGUGGCGUAAGAAAAGGGAGGAGAGAAAGUAGGGUUGUUUUGGCUACACCCAUCACAGACAUGCUGCUCCUCCAAGGUGAUAUAUUAAUGAAAUAAAUGUGUCUUCCUCAUAGCCUUUCACGAGGCAUCGAAGACCUGGCGGUUUCCCCGGGCAUUUGCGUCAAGUGGAUGGAUGAGGCUCUGCUACUCUCGAUGGUGAAUGGGGUCACUGGUGAUCCUUGGGUGCUGAGCGGCUAUUUUGAGUGGCAGGUGAUGGAACAAUGAAGGACACCAAAGGGAAGACCUUGCAGGAGAAGGAGGAGGACUUUGAACCCCAAGUCGAACUGCAUUUCACCAUAUUGGAAGAAUCGGAAGGGGGUAUUUCUCAGGGGAAGCUCUGGCACUGUGAGAUUGACGCAGAGCUACAGCCUGAGAGCUCCUGUCAGCCCGAACUGGACGAUGAAUUACUUUAUUCCGAUCAGUCACGGUCCUCACCGGAAAUACAGACGGUGCUCCCAGAACCUGACAGGGUAACCCAGGACAGAAGAGUGGAAAUGUAUCCUAAGCAAGGCUCGGAGCAGCAGGUUGAGCUGCAUUUUACAAUCCUGGAGGAAUCCGAAGGGGGCAUUUCCGAAGGCAAGCUCUGCGCAAGUGAGAUAGGACGGGAUGGGUCGCCAGGGGUGAGCUACCCGGGGCAGCAGUGGGAUGGGUGUGUUCAGUGGAGCGAGAAACCUGGCCAGCCGUCAGGUGUGGAGAAAGAGUCUCUCCCAGCCGAAGACAGACUGGAAGCAGGUGCCAAAAGGGCAGCCCUUCAGCCAGAGAGUUCAGAUCAGGUAGAACUCCAUUUUACCAUCUUUGAUGAUCCUGAGGAAAGAAGCCUUUCUCAGGGACCAGAGGACUAUCCUGUCUGGGAAAGCCCAUUUAAACCAGCGAUUUAUCAAGGUGACUAUCCAAAAGAAGUUUGGGAUGCAUCCAUUGACAGCUUUGGAGAUGUCUUUGAAGCAUCUUUCCAACAGCAGUUCUACGGAGGGGAGAGAAUGUACCCUUGCACGGAGUGCGGGCGAGUUUUCAACAGGAAGUCAACCCUGACACGACACUGGCGGACCCACACGGGGGAGAAGCCGUACUCGUGUCUGUACUGCGGGCGGAGUUUCAGCCUGAAUCUGAAUCUUCUUACUCAUCAGAUGACCCACACGGGAGAGAAACCCUACAAGUGUCCUGACUGUGGGCAAAGCUUCACCCGUAGCACAAGCGUCACCAGGCACCAGAGAAGCCACAGGGAGGAAAGCCUUUAUAAAAGUGACUUGUGGGAGGACACCUUCUCGUACCCGUGCCCUGUCCCCUUCACUUAUCCGAUGCCUCCAGCGGAGGAGAAGUCCUUCGUGUGCCCAGUUUGUGGAGAGACCUUUACUCACAGUGGGAGUCUCAAUAGGCACUUGCGAACACACGGGGUGGAGAGGCCUUAUAAGUGUGUGGUCUGUGGGGAAGGGUUCUGUUCGAUGUCAAAGCUUUACCGGCACGAGAGAAUCCACAUGGUGGACAAGCCCUACCACUGUGAAAUCUGUGGGAAAAGCUUUGCCGUCAAGUCAACGCUGACCCGGCACCAGAUGCUCCACCAGGCAGAGAGGCCCUACAUGUGUUCCCACUGUGAAAAGGGCUACGUUCAACGGAGCCACCUGGCCAGGCACCACCAUAAAGCACACCCUGGGGUGCCCUUUAACCCUGUUAAAGCGAACAGUAUGCCUGCCACCAUUCUGGAUUCUGACAACUUAAUCACCUAUUUCUGGGGAGAUGAGGAAACAGACACUACCUCAGAGCCUGUUCCAACUCAGUUGAUCUAUUCUGGAGCAGACUGCUGAAGGACCCUAAUCCUAGCCUGGAGUUCCCUGUUCCCCAGAGAGAAGCUCGCUGGUCCCUCACCUCUUGUACUCUUGUCUUUCUUAAAUCUCCAGGCACUGGGAUGCUUUUGAUCCUAGAGUUUGGAGAUGCAAAAUGGAUUUUUAUGGUAGAAAACCAAAAAACCAAGAUGGUUUUGUUGUGAACAGUCUUCGUGCCAAGAUUCCUUUCUUGCCUUGUUACUGUUAUUCCAGUAACUGCUCCUGUCAAGCCCAUACCCCACCUUCACAUCUACAGAGGAUAUGCCAUUGUUGUGGUUCUACAUGUUCUGCCUUGCAGUCCAUUACAGAUGGUGCCAGUAUCCAAGCACUCACAGGAGACAAACCCAGCCAACAGUGAGAGCUCUGGGUAGGCGAUCAGCACACUCCUGGAUGAACUAGUUCACAUGAACUCCAGCUGCUGAAUGGAACAGAAGCUGUGAGCCAUGGGUACUGGGGUCAGAGCAGAUCUGUAUGUCUGUUGAUGCAAAUCAUCUUCACAGGGGGAAAGUGAGUAGUCCAGCCUGUAGCGAGAUAUCUAGUUGUAGGAGAUGUGUGGGAGCGUGGAAGUUCAUCUGAAAUCAUUUUUGUUUGUAGUAAGGUUUUUUUUUUUUCUUAAAGGAAGCCUAUGCCUUGUUUCAUCACUUCUUUGUUUUUGGUAAUGGAUGAACUCUUAAAAGAAAUUAGUAAAAUAUGGAAAAUGGAGAAAACAUA